AUGUGUGUGCUGUCAUUUGUUCAUCUCUUGUAUCCCCUCGAAUAUAUGUUCCCUGUCAUACCGCUGCUUCCCGCUUACAUGCCAUCAGCUGAACAGCUACUGCUUGCCCCUACUCCUUUUGUUAUUGGAGUCCCAGCAUCGUUUUUUGCUCACAAACGAAUCAAGGAAAUACCGAGUGACCUUAUUCUAGUUGAUCUGGAUACUAACCACAUCACAGUACCAGAAGACGUCUUUAUUCCUAAUUUACCUGAACCGGAUGCUACGAUUCUAAAGAACAGCCUCAAUGCCGCAAUCAACAAAAUGAGUACAACUCUUGAUGAAGAACAUGCAGGACGUACCGACACAUGCUGUACUGUUGAUUCUGACAUGGUGGAUAUAUCGUGCCGGGUUGCCAUGGUUGUGUAG